GGGAGGGAAGGGGAGGGGAGGGGAUCCGAUCCGCGCUCGCUGUAAAUUUGAAAUGGUCCCGUGCCAGAAGUUCGCUGCCUCUUUAAAGCCCCGCAGCGGUCGCGCCGGCUGUGCGACACCAGCUCUUCUUCCUCCCCGCGUCGCGUCGCGGAGCGGAGCGGAGAGGAGAACGUGAUGGAUGCGAACGCUCCCGUUUCCACGGCGACCGCCGCGAUCGCGCUCCUUCUCCACGCGUGCCUCUUGUGGCGGGCGUCCCGCGCGCUCCAGCCCUACGACCUGCUCUACCAGAGCGGCGUGGAGGCCUUCUACAGCAGCGACUACAGCGGCGUGGUGCGCUACAUGGAGGAGGCGCUGAGCAGCUACUCGCAGCUGCGCCGGACCAAGGUGCGCUGCGCGCUCCGGUGCGAGGAGCAGCAUCCCGUGGAGGAGGAGGAGGAGGAGUCCGCGUCGGAGCUGCGCUUCUUCUACACGCUGCUGCGCAGGGCGUCCUGCCUCGGCGAGUGCGUGGAGAGGAGCGUGGGCGCGCAGUCCGUGCACAGGGUGAGCGAGGACGUCACGCAGGAUUUCCACCGGCGGAUCCCCUACAACUUCCUGCAGCUGGCCUACCGCAAGCUGAAGCAGCCCGACAAGGCCGUGGCGGCUGCACACACCUACUUCCAAGCCAACCCGGAGCAUGUAGAGAUGGGUGAGCACUUGGAGCAGUAUAAGUUACUAGAGGGUGUGAAGGAAGAGGACUUCAUUGACAGGGAAGCUCGCCAACAUCAGAAAGCCUUCACAAUGGGAGUGAAACACUAUGACAGUGGUGACUAUGAGAAGGCCAUCGAGCACUUCGAAGAAGCCUUACUGGAGUACUUCAACGCAGAUGUCGAAUGCCGGGUUCUGUGUGAAGGGCCCCAGAAGUUUGCCGAUAAUGAGCACCUGCACUAUCGGCCCAGUCUCUAUGAACUAAUCUCAGAUCACCUGAUGCAGGUACUGCACUGCAAGCACGAAUGUGUGAGGGACCUGGCCACACGGCCUGGGCGUCUUUCACCCAUGGAGAACUACCUACCUCUUCACUAUGACUACCUUCAGUUUGCCUACUUCAAAGCAAACAAGGUCUCAGAGGCUUUGGAGUGUGCGCAGUCCUACCUGCUCUUCCACAAAGGAGAGGAAUUCAUGAUGGAGAACAUGGAGCACUACAGAGAGGUGCUGGGACAUGACAUGAAACCCCGCCAGGAGGCUGACUGGUAUCUCCGCCGUCAUCUGCAGGAGCUUCAGCUCCUUCAACUGGGCAGUGAGAACCUUGGAAUGGAGUACACGGAAGGGAAUUAUUGGAGCAGCUCUGGUGGAAGAGAAGAUGUCAACAGACUCCUGACAAGCACCAAUGGAUGGAUGGAGUAUGUUCCCACCUCUGAGAAGAAAAACCUCAGCACGGAUACUGUGAAAGAACUGAGAGAGGGAGGACCUUUGCUGUACAGCAAUGUCCAGCUGGUCCAGAAGUCAGAGGACCUGAAUGGGAGCCAGAGGGUCCUGCUCGAUAACGUCAUCUCUGAGGAUGAGUGCACUGAGCUGAAAGACCUGGCACAUUCUGUCACAAUGGCAGGAGAUGGGUACAGAGGAAAGAUGUCCCCUCAUACUCCCAAUGAGAAGUUUGAAGGAGCGACCGUACUGAAAACCCUGCAGUAUGGCUAUGAGGGACGGAUCCCAUUGAGAAGUGCCCGCUUGUUCUACGAUGUCAGCGAGAAGGCCAGGAGGAUCAUCGAGUCUUAUUUCAUGCUCAACACAACCUUGCAUUUUUCCUACACUCACCUAGUGUGCCGGACUGCCAUUCAAGGUCAGCAAGAGCACAGAAAUGACCUCAGUCAUCCCAUCCAUGCUGAUAACUGUCUCCUGGACCCAGAGGCCAACGAGUGCUGGAAAGAACCACCUGCCUAUACCUACAGAGAUUACAGCGCACUGUUGUAUCUCAAUGGAGAUUUUGAUGGAGGGGAGUUUAUCUUCACUGAGAUGGAUGCAAAAACAGUUACAGCAUCCAUCAAGCCCAAGUGUGGCAGGAUGGUGGGAUUCUCUUCUGGCGGGGAGAACCCUCAUGGCGUCCGAGCAGUAACCAAUGGGCAAAGGUGUGCUGUGGCCCUCUGGUUCACUCUGGACCCGCUCUUCAGAGAGCUGGAGAGACUCCAGGCUGAUGAAGUCAUACAGUCGUUGGACAGCCAAAAUUCCUGGGACCAGGAGCUGAAUAUUAACCCUAAAGAUGAGCUGUAGAAGAGAUCAAGCAAUCUAAUUGAUUAUCUAUUUAUUUAAUGAAGUUAAUCUUAAAACAUUUUUAUUUUUGUACUAUUUCAAGUGCAAGUCAUUCAGUUGGUGUGAAACAGUAUGAUGUGUCUAUGUGUUACUCAUACCAGUACUUGAGAGCUCGUACAGUUUGAUUUGUGCGUCACCAGUCACCCGUGAAAGUGUUUAGGGUGAAAUUGUGCCUUGAGAUACUCGAUGGUCAUUUCUUCACAGGAACCGAGAAGCACUGUGAGAAGCAUUGCGGUCGUUCUUUCUGCUGAAUAGGCAGGCAUAUCUUGACUUCUUAGUAUGAGGUCCACGCAGCACUGUGAACAAACCAAACUGAAGAGCAGAAGUUAAAUUCACAGGUUUCCAAGCAUAACGAACCUCACGUUUUGAGUUAUCGACCCAAAGGAAUACAAAGCAUCAUGUUUAUCCAUUCAUGUUUCACAAACUUAUCAGAGGCCAUACAGCAUGUUACAUUUUUUACUUCUGGAAUCGAGAGUUUUCCAGCGCAAAUAUAGGCAAUAUUAAACACUCGGGGGGCAGUUUUAUUUUACGUUCACUGAAUCUAUCUCAGGCGUACAUACAAGUGUACAUGUCAGCAUACGGACAUCGAGCUAGUAGACUCACCUAAUUUGUGCACUUUCUCUUUUGAUAGUGUGAUCAGUUAACUUUCUGCAUUCAUUUUUUGGUUUAAAUGCAAUAAAAGCUUAUACACUGUUUACCGUACUCACAUGAGGCUUUGGUAUGUGUUCUAAAAGACAGGUACUGUUGCAACUGGCAUUGUUUGAUAUUAGCAGACUUUUUUAAUAAAAAGUAUUGCAUUUAUUCCUGUUUCAAGGAAUUGUUUAAUCUGAUACUUUACUGAUGUCCUUUCCUUUCGAAGCUCUGCUUCUUAAGCCAUUCGGUCCGUUUGUUUUUACUCCAACGGACACUGGAAGUCGCAGGUUCGAAUCCCACCUCCAGCUGCAGUACUCUGGAGCAAGGAACUCAGUCUGA